GUCGCCAUCUUUCUUUCUCAUACGCGGCAUCGCAGUUCAUAUCGGUGGUACCGGCGUAUCUCCCGCGGCACGGAUCCAGUCUGUCGCGACGUCGCGAUUUCGUGCAGAAGAAAUCUCCCAUCCGGAAAGGCAUUGGCCGGAGACGGAUUGAGGUAGAUGAGGCUUGAUUCACGACGAACGCGCUGCGCGGAAAUCUGUCGAUCUCGGCAACACGACGCCACCGCCGAGCGCAUUCGUCGCGCGUAUAAAAUCCGCGAUACGCGACUCGAGAAAGAAGUCUGCCAGCGAGACUCGUGGAGGCGGGGAGGGAGGAGAAGGGGGAGUGGAAAGGAGCGGAACAGCGGGACGGCGCGGAAUUCUAUUCCUCCGUUCCUUGUAUUCGGCACCGGUCCACCUUCCAGAGUUCCAGUAGUGCAGCCUUCCGAUAUAUCCGACCGCGCGCGAUCAACAUGGAUGUGGUAAAUUCCGUUGCUGCGCAUCGUAUUGCCUGGACCUUCGUCAUGCUGGCACAAUGGCCGCUGGAUUUGCCACGAGCACUGCCGUUCUAAGCUCCGCCGCACCGGUUGUUUCUUCGCCGGUGAAACCGACUGAUAUUGUUAAGCAUUACGGUCAUUUCGCCGAAGCUACCGUGAAAGAGCCAGAGAAAAAUCGCACAAUGGCAGAAUUGCAUACUGGGAGAAUUGCAGUAAUCGAGAAUAACGGCACGACUCGAAGAUUAAACUACAAAUCUCGGUAUCAAAAGGAGAAGAGAAAUAAAACGUAUGCGAAUUCAAAUGAGACCACUUUUCCCAAGAGGGUUAACGUCACGCCUGAAUCACGAAUCGCAAGCUGUGCGAUAAUAUUUACUCGUCGCCGCGUUCCGCACGCAUUGCUGCUCGCGUGUGCGCGUUUUUUCGCCCACGUUGAGCUCAAUCAAGAAGUGAUACGGGCAGACGGCGCGGGCGUUUGGAGAUUCUACCCCGAGAUCGUCGACGAAGCGAACAGCCGGGCUACAUCCUGCGCAAUAAGCACCAGAAUGCGGACGAAUAGAUUUUUCUAUUGGCCGUGGUUUCAGUGUUCAGAUCGCGAGUUGCCGAGAUUCCCGGAGUCAAGCUGGUUUUGGUCCACAGGAGGCACGUCUCAAUAUUUGGGAAGAUAUAAUCGGCUUAUAGUCUCGAGCCGGUAACUUAGGACGAGGCCCUACCUGCUCGCGUUUGCGUUCCAUGGACGUGACACGUGAACGGGUCCGGAUAUCUUUUUGGGAGAAUGAGUAACAGGAGGAUUCGGAGGAGAAGAUAACGGGAGCGAGAGGGAAAGAGAAGGAGGUGGGAGGAGAAAGACGAAGGGGAACACGAAAAGGGAGUGAGAAAGAAAGAGAGAGACGGUAGGAAUGAAGCCCCCACGAAUGUCGUAUCGACUCGGUAAGGAACACAAGAUUUCAAUUACUCGGCUACCAUUUCAUCAAACUGGGACUUCAGCUCUGCUCCGUGCUGCCUGCAGGAUUCACCGAGGAAGCCACCAUGUCACCUCUAACGAACGACGGAUCAGACUGCAUACCGGCCGACUUCGUCCUCCUUCCCCGCCUCCAGUCAACCCUUCUUCUUUGUCGGUUUAAGAGACCUCACGGAGAAUAUUUGGGGAACUUGUGAAUUGAUUUUUUCCUUUCCACGUGCAAUUUCCUCAAUAUAAAGUUCUCCAAGCAUUUAGCAAAUUUUUUUUCAAUAUUAAUGUCUUAAAAAACAUUUAUUUUUGAAAGAAGAAAUAAAGAGAGAGGGAAGAGAAAGGGACAGUUUAAAUUAUAAAUAUGCUAACGAAGUUGAGUCUAAAUGUACCAUAUUUUUAUUAAUUUUUUCAUGGAUAAUUGAAAACCGAUACUUUAUUAUGUAUUUACUCAGCAGAAUUUCAUUUAUCAAAAUUAUUAAAUACAUGUAAUCAGUUGAGCUUUUUAGUUACGUACAUGAAUUGUAUGGCUUCAAUUAAGUUGAAUGUCACAAAAUUCGAACGGAGAAUAAAUCCACGGUAAUUAACAAGUCAUAGCGAAAAGCUAAUGCGUCGACAUAUAGUGGCAGAUCCCACGUUAAAGUUCAUUUUGCGAAAUGACAGCUAUAUUUCGUAUAUACAUCCAGUUACAUCUACUUUUAAAUAGCUAUACUUUACUUUUAGAUUGGUUUCUAAACUAUGUUUUUGAUUCUUAACAGAAUAAAAAGUACCUUAACUUUCUGUUAAACACAUUUCAAGUUAAACACAUUUCAUCUACAAUCUAGUCUAAUAAAAUAAUGGAGAUAAUUGUAUUAUUAUAAUAUUAAAUCAAACGUGAAUAUGUAGGAAAAUUGAAUUUCUCUGCGUUCACUGAAUUGAUUGUUAAGUGACAUAGUUUAAAUGACUUUAAAAUAACUGAUAUUAUGAGCCAGAAAACAUUUAUAUUCUAUAUUCAAUUUCGUUUUCCUUCAUUAAAUAAAAUAAAACUUUCAGUAGUUUUUCGCAUAGUUUUCGCAAUUGUUCGUCGAUGUGUUAAAGUCACCUUCGUGAAAAGAGAAGUCAUUCAUUACCUGAUUCAAACUCAAGAAAGUAACACUUUUAAGCUGCAACUUCGAGCGCGAAUAAUUGACGUGGUCGUAAAUCCCCACGUCCGUUAUCUAACGCGUGAGUUCCGCGAGACAUUAUUACGCUCCAGUCCGAAACUGGGUGAAAUUAAAGGAAAACAACGGCGGUAGUUUAAACGCGCCAUCGAUAAGCCCGCGGGCUGAGCUUAUUAUAUUUUAAUUAACGGCCGGCGCAUUUGAAGCGUUUGUUCUUAUCGACGGACACACCGUCGCACCAUUUUCCUAUACCCUUUUUUAUCUUUGUCCUUUUACUACAGUUGGGCGGUUCGGUAGAAAGAGGACGUAAAUUCAAACCACGCCGUUCUGAAAGUUAUAUAUGAAAGGUCGUAUGAGAAAAAAGUCAAUUGUAUUUUUUAUGCAAUCGCACAUUUAAAAGAAAAAUAUUUAAAAAGAAAAUUCGUAUUUUCUGCCUUUUGCAGUAUAUCACAAUUUAAUGGAGAGAAUAGAAAUAAAAAGUAUUCCGCUAAAGCACUUUAAAAACACUAAAUUAAUUAAAAUACACAUUAAAACUAAGUAAAAAAACACUAAAAAGUUAACUUUUAAAUUCAAAAAAUUGAUUAUCAUUUGAAUAGAUUUGCUGCUGUAGAUUCAAUUCUUACAGUUCAUUCAUGCGUUUCGUGUCCACUGGAUCUCACCGGGUUGUAACAACAUUUAUCGGGUCUGACGGGAAUGUAUGUGCCAUUAAAAUGUAUCCUCCGAUACAUAAUCGUCCAUCGAAUGAGAUAAAAUCGGCUCGUAAGCCGUAAUAAAAUCAUAACGAGAUUGCAUUGCGUGGGCGGGGUACAUGGGCCUCAAUUAUUUCGACGAGGCGUUUUGGAGAAGAGGGAUGGAUUUCGAGGAGAGGAGAGGGAAGCGAGAGCCGUGGAUUUAGACCGACGCCAUCGGGGGGGUUUUACGCGCUGGGUAUUAUUUUACAAUUUUAUAGGGAGAGACCGUGUUUCCGCGUUCUGAAUUUUACAGAGGGCAUAUGUACCCCGCCCCUUAUGCUCCUUCCAUCCCCGUUACAUUUUACGCGCUUCCUCGCGCGGCAUAAGCUACCUCGGCAUAAUCUCCAGGAGGGAGAACUCGCCUAUGUUAGGCAUCCAGUUCACGAGUACUCGGCUAGUCGACGAUUAAUCGCGAACGUCGUGAAUUAGCCGCGUUCGAAUUUGAAUUCUUUCUAUUCGCAAAUAAGCAUGGAAUUAACCCUGCUUAUUGUUGCAGCUGUACUUACAGCGGAAAUAGGCAGUAAUAUAUUAUAUCUAUAAAUAUAGUAGUACCAAAAGUAUUAUAAGGUUAAUACCUUAAAAUUAUGAAUAAUCAAUGUUAUGAUGGUUUGCAAUUUUUGAUCACCAUUUCGCAUUAUUAAGUCAAAGGUAAGUAUAUUAGCCUAUCAAAUUUUCUUUACUUAAAAAUUAUAAUUAAAAAAUAUAAUAGCAUCUAUUUGUUCAAUGCAGUUGAAUACGUCUCUCAUACGUAUAUACAAUGAAUUCCAAUAAUAUUAACUAUUUUAUUUUAGUCUUUUGCGUUUUCUUAUUUAAAAAAUGUAAACGAACGAAUUAUCCUGAAUUAUUAAAUGUAAUUCCCUUUCUCACGUCAAAUAUAAGAAUCAUUUAACGUGUAGGAUAAGAUGUAAACACGUAGCAAAUCUUUUUUUUUUUUGCUCUUAAUUUAUCGAUGUGUUUGCCGAGUAUCUGGUUGCAGUGAGGUCUGACGUCACUCUUAUAUGCAUCAGUUAGAUAAUAUCCUCUCUCUGGACAUUCUUGCAGAAUAUAACUACUGGUUAACAUAUUCAAGGUCGUCGUUUUCUUUUUUUGAGCAUAUAUUCUCUCUUUCUCUCUCAUUUAGUCAUCAUAAUAAUUGCAACGACAAAUCGCAAAGUCAUUCUCCGAACUGCAGCACGUUUUAUUGCGACGACAUAAUCAGUUAAUUUCACGACAAGCAUUCUCCUCCCCUUUUUUUGACGCUUAAACGAUACUUAGUCAUCAUAAUGCGCCAAUAAACAAAUGUGAUAGUUAUUUGUUCACGUUCCUCGUUAGCUUUUAAUUUAAGGUUAUUUAUUUGAUUACCACGUACAUUUGUAAAAGGUUUCGUUUAAUAUAAAUUGCUUUAUAAUUGAUACGUAUUAAAUAAAAUAGCAUGUUCUUCUACUUAUGUAGUUAAUAUGUAUUAAAUAAGAUCAUAUUUAUUAUUGCCAUUUAUAGUUUUCUAUUUAACACACAAAUUGCAUGUAAAAAUUAAAAUAUUCUUCAGUUUUGUAUUACUUUGCAACAUGAACAGCAUUUAUGUCGAAUAAUUUUAAUCAUAAUUUUAACUGCGUUUGUCUCAUUAUAGUUAAUAAUGCCCACUGUAAUAUGAAGAAAUAAAAUAUAGCUAAAAAUUAAAGUUUAAAAUUAAGCAAUAAUAAUUCUAUUCCAAAA